GUGAUCUUAAAGAUGGCGAAAGAUGAGUAAAAAUGUCCAGGAAGAGACACUGACUGUUUAUUAGUAAUAAAUCUGUUAUACAGAGCGGAAUAAUGGCUGAAAUGGAGGAUGAAGCGGUAACACUAGCCUUGAUCAUAUAUUACUGCCAGGAGAAGUAUUCCAGUCUUGUCUUGAAUGUUGCAAGUGAAGCCCAGCAUAAGUUGAGCAGUGACCCAGUCUACAAAUUCCUCCAUGCCUAUGGACUUCUUAUGCAAGACCGUUUGCAGGAAGCCAUUCAGGAGCUGGACCAAGUAAAGGACAGGAGAGAUGUAUCUUUGUGUGCACUUAUGGCUUUGAUCUACGCUCAUAAGAAAAUACCUAAUCCAGACAGAGAUGCCAUCCAGGAACUUGACGUGAAAGUUAAGGAGAAUCGUAAGAGUGCCAGCCCAAAGGCUUUGUACUAUGCUGGGAUGUUGCUCUGGCUGCUGGGCCGCAAUGACAAAGCCAGAGAGUAUGUAGACAGAAUGAUCAAAAUAUCCAGUGGCUCUACAGAGGGACUAAUAUUAAAAGGGUGGAUAGAUCUGACAUCUGGUAAAGAUACCUAUGUAAAAAAAUCUGGAAAAUACUUUGAUGAAGCCUUAAAAGAGAAAAUCAACAUUUUAGCUCUGAUGGGAAAGGUACAGUAUAACGAGUUCCGGCAGAAUUACUCUGGUGCUUUAGAGACGAUUAACCAAGUUAUUGUGAGUUACCCAAACUUUAUCCCUGCUCUGGUGAAGAAGAUGAAGUUACUGUUGAGCCUACAGGACUGGGAACAGACUGUGGAUGCUGCUCAGAGGCUUCUUCAGAAAGACAGAAGCAAUCUGGAGGGAUUAAGAAUGCUGGCAUUGCACACACUCUGUAGAGAAGGAGACAUUGGGGAGUCAGUAAAGCAGCUGUCGAACCUGAUAAGCAAUCUGGAUACACAAGAACCCAACAACCCAGAACUUCUUUACAGAAUGUCUUUAGCGUUUACCAGAGUGUGUGGGAGAGCAGAAACAGUGCUUCAGCACACCCAUUCAAUGGUGGAGCAGGCAUUUUCGCAAGCAUCAGGUGAUGCAGAGCUGGCCACUGAACUGGGCUACCAGCUGUUUCUGCAAGGCAAAGCCAAAGAGGCCAUAAAGUGGUACAAAACUGCCAUGACAUUGGAUGAGAGCAGUGUUUUUGCUCUGAUAGGUAUUAUUCGAUGCCAGCUGAUCGAGGGCCACCUGCAGGACGCUGAGCAGCAGCUUGAGUUCCUUACUGAAAUCCAGCAGUCAAUCGGCAAAUCAGCAGAGCUGCUGUAUUUGCAAGCAGUGUUGGCCAAUAAGAAACGAAAGUCUCAGGAUGAGGUGACCACACUGCUGAAUGUCACAGUGGAAACACACUUCUCCACUCUCCAGAAUUUGCCGCUCAGCGUGGAAUACUAUGACAAACUUAACCCUGACUUCCUGCUGGAGAUCGCUAUGGAAUACCUGGCACUCUGUCCUUCCAAGCCUCCAGCCCAGGGCCAGCCUCCUGCCCCUCAGCUACAACACUGUGCAUCUGUGUUAGAUACAGUGGUCAAGCUUGUACCUGGGCUCCUCCAGGCUGUGUUUCUGAUGGCAAAAGUCAGAUUUCUCACCGGUAACAUCGAGGCAGCUCAGAGCAGCUUGCAGCAUUGUUUGGAUCAAAAACCCUCCUUUGCUGAUGCUCACCUUCUUAUGGCACAAAUUCAUCUCCUACAAGGCAACUUCAGACUUUCCUCCCAGUCUCUGGAACUCUGCCUCAGCCACAACUUCGAGAUAAGGGAGCAUCCUCUCUAUCAUCUUAUUAAAGCUCAGACCCAGAGGAAAAUGGGCGAGCUGCAGGAAGCCAUUCAGACGCUACAGUUGGCCAUGAGUCUGCCUUGUGUAAAGAAAACUGGCUCCUCUGCCAAAUUCAAGGCCAGGAAAGUGGAACUUAGCACUGCAGACUGUGUUUCUGUGUAUCUGGAGCUGGCAGAGGCACUCUGGAUCAAUGGAGAACAGCACGAGGCAGCUAAAGUGAUGCAGGAUGCUAUAAAUAUGUUUACUGGUACUCCUGAGGAACUGCGAGUCACCAUCGCUAAUGCUGACCUUGCAUUGCUGCGAGGGGACACAGAGCUCGCACUAAACAUACUUAGAAACAUCACACAGGAGCAGCCGUACUAUGUGCAGGCCAUUGAGAAAAUGUCAGAUAUCUACCUGAAUCACAUGAAAGACAAACGGCUCUAUGUAAGCUGCUACAGGGAUUUAGUGGAAAAGAUGCCCAGCUCACAUACUUUCCUGCUUUUAGGAGAUGCCUACAUGAACAUCCAAGAGCCUGAGAUGGCCAUUGAGGUUUUUGAGCAGGCAUUAAAGAGAAACCCCAAAGAUGGUGCUGUGGCUAGCAAGAUUGGAAAAGCUCUUGUUAAGACUCAUAACUAUGUUAAGGCCAUAAACUAUUAUGAAGCUGCCCUGAAGAGUGGUCAGCAGAACUUCUUGCGCUAUGACCUGGCGGAGCUGCUAAUGAAACUAAGACAGUAUGAACGCUGUGAGAAGGUUCUACAGGAAGCGCUAUCUCAUGACCCAGUGAAUGAACUGCCUUUGCUAACAGAUGACUGCCGCUAUCUUGUACUGUUGGCCAAGAUCCAGAGCAAAGUCAAUAAAAAUGAUGAGACUUUGCUUUCUUUACAUCGUGCAAGGGACGUACAGGCGAAGGUGCUGAAGCGUGUUCAGCUAGAGCAGCCUGACGCGGUACCCAUGCAGAAGCAGCUCGCCGCAGAGAUAUGUGCAGAAAUUGCCAAACACUGCAGCAACCAGCGUGGCUAUGAGCGAGCCGUCAAAUUCUACAAAGAAGCGCUUGUGUACUGCGAGAGCGACAGCAAGGUGAUGUUGGAGCUAGCCCAGCUCUAUUUAACUCUGGAUGAUGUAGAUGCUUGCCAGCAGCAGUGCGGUGCUAUCCUGAAAAAUGAUCCUGUUAAUGAGGCAGCAACACUGAUGAUGGCUGAUCUGAUGUUCAGGAAGCAGGACUAUGAGCAGGCUGUUUUCCAUUUUCAGCAGCUGCUGGAGAGGAAACCAGACAACUACCCAACUCUCUCCAGGCUGAUUGAUCUGCUGCGCAGAGCUGGCAAACUGGAGGACAUUCCCAGGUUUCUGGACAUGGCAGAAAAACAUUUGCCCAGGGCUAAGUUUGAGCCUGGGUACAACUACUGCAAAGGCCUUUACCUGUGGUACACAGGUGAGCCGAAUGAAGGUUUGCGCCACUUCAAUAAGGCUCGCAAGGACAAUGACUGGGGUCAGAAUGCUGUCUAUAACAUGAUUGAAAUUUGCCUGAAUCCAGACAAUGAGACUAUGGGAGGAGAAGUGUUUGAAAACCUGGAUGGAGACAUUGGGAAUUCCACAGAGAAGCAGGAAUCAGAGCAGCUGGCAGUACGAACAGCAGAAAAGCUGCUAAAGGAACUGAAGCCACAGACCUCGCAGGGCCAUGUGCAGCUGCGCAUCCUGCAGCACUACUGCUACCUUGCCACUAGGCAGAAGGCCAACGUAGAAAAAGCUCUUGGCGUGUUCACUGAGAUAGCAAACAAUGAGAAAGAUCAUGUUCCUGCAUUGUUGGCAAUGGCCACAGCCUACAUGAUCCUGAAACAGACUCCUCGAGCCAGAAAUCAGCUGAAACGAAUUGCUAAGAUGAACUGGAAAAUCAUCGAUGCAGACGAGUUCGAGAAGAGCUGGCUGCUCCUGGCAGACAUCUACAUCCAGUCAGGCAAAUAUGACAUGGCAGGAGAGCUAUUAAAACGCUGUCUGCGCCACAAUAAGUCAUGCUGCAAGGCUUAUGAAUACAUGGGUUACAUAAUGGAGAAGGAGCAGUCAUUCAGAGAUGCAGCUAUGAACUAUGAACUGGCCUGGAAAUAUGGCAAUCAGACUAACCCGACUAUAGGGUACAAGCUUGCCUUUAACUAUCUAAAGGCAAAGAGACAUGUUGAUGCCAUAGAUGUUUGUCAUAAAGUUCUGGAUGCACACCCAAACUAUCCAAGGAUAAGAAAGGACAUCUUAGACAAAGCAAGAGCUGCUUUAAGAUCAUAACAUUGUUUGGGUGGAGAAGUCUGUCUGACCUUAAUUGACUGUGUAUUUAAAUGGACUUAUUUUGCUUAACUAUGGGUUAAAGCAAAAACGUGUUUGUAUUGAACAACAGUGGUGUUAUAAGUUGAUUUAUUAUAAUAUUGUGUUGUAAUAUGGUGUUAAAAUGUGUGAAUGCUGUUUUCUAAUUAAACACUUAAAUUAGUCAA